ACUGCUCCUCGUUUCCAGUCCUAACCGUCCACCGGCUGCGCUCAAACUGACACGUACGACGGUGGCGAGGACCCGGGCCCGGCGGACCGUCCAUUCCGGCCAAACAAACCACUUCGUGACAACUGAACGUCUGCUCAAAGUACUUUGAGGGACUUUUGUUGACAGCGUAAGGAGUUGAAAGUUUUUCAAUGGGUCACCCGCGCAAGGACCAACAGUGAGUUCGCGAGUGAGGCGGGCGAACGGCGAGAGGAAAGAGGGGGAGGGGGGGCAUUACCCACCGGCUAUCAGAGCUGGGAUUGACUAGUUGAAAAGAAGACAAGACAGACAGACGGUGGCUUGUUCGCGACGAAGUUGACACACGCGAAGACGCUCCUAGGAGGAGUCUGAACCGAAACUUGGAACUACAAAUUUGGAUGUAACGGAGAAAAGUUUGAACCUGAGUGUGGAUUCGUUUUUCCCCGUCAGGACCGCUAGCUGACGGACUGUAAAUUUAGAUUUCACUUUUUUCUGGACUUUUUACAGUAUUUAAACUUUUUGACUUGACCAUACAGGAUGGAUAAAUACGAGGAUUUAGGACUGGAAGCAAGUAAGUUCAUAGAAGACUUAAACAUGUAUGAAGCAUCUAGAGAUGGUUUAUUUAGAACAAAGAGGGAUGCAGGGAAUAAUCCUGAUUUUGAGGAGACUAGAAGAGUUUUUGCUUCAAAAAUGACUAAAAUACACAUGCAGAAACACCAAGAGGAAAUGGCAAGAAACAGCCAGGCCUUAAGGAUGAACGGUGGUCUCAACAACGCAUAUUACAGUAAAGAUCGGCCACCCAUCAAUAGCUCCAGGAAGCAAGGAGAAGCUGCUGCAAAACCUCCAAUACUGUCUGGUCCUUUAUCGUCUGGAGGUCAUUCUUCACAGUUUGAUGGCCAGAGGAAUCACACAGCCAUUCAGCCUGAGCCUCUAGUCAGCAGGGCAUAUGGCUAUGGAAACAAUUGCGCAAAUAAGGAGCGCUCAGACCUACAUUUAUACCAGAACACCACCCCUGCCGCCCUCGGCCCAGGAAAUGCUUUUCACAGUGCACCCAUGCACAGUCGUCAUCCGGCUCCACGGGCCUCAUCCAGAGAGUCUCACAAUCCCCAAUCUUUGUCUGAGAGCAGUGUUGCAUCCCCACAACAGCGCCAGCCUGCAUCUCCAACCAUGAUCAGUCCUCCACCAUUCCAGAACCCGGAUGUCCCCUUCUCAUCCAACAAGAGUCCAACUUCUUCAUCUUUUCCUAAAGAAAAAACAGACCUCAUUCCCUCACUGCCCCUCAGUGCCUUCACAGGAGGAGCCAAUUUACCAUCCAUACACACUGCAGCUUACUAUGCACCAUCUUCUCCGACUUCAAAAACAUUUUCAAGUCAGAAUGGCCCAGCGGUGACUUCCUCUCAAGUGUCUUCUGAAGCACCUCAAACUAAAGUCCAGGUCGCUUCUGUCUCCAAAAGCUUCAGCCAGAGUCAAGAUCAGAGUCAGAUACCAAGUUUUGGGAAGGCCAUUGGUGCUGAAGCAUCUUCAUUUAAGCCCAUUGAGCCGCCACCAGAACACAGCCCGUCAGCUGCUGAAGUAAAAUUAGAGGCCCUCACGAAUCAUCUGGAAAAGGAGAUGAGUUCUCAACCAAAAGCUGACUACUUUGGAGUCUGCGUUAAGUGCACCAAGGCUGUGUAUGGAGCCAACCAGGCAUGUCAGGCAAUGGGUAGCCUGUACCAUGACAACUGCUUCACCUGCAGUGCCUGCAGUCGAAGGCUCAGAGGAAAGGCUUUCUACUAUGUUGGUGGAAGGGUUUUUUGUGAAGAGGACUUUCUGUACUCAGGUUUCCAGCAGUCAGCUGACAAGUGCAAUGCAUGUGGUCACCUAAUCAUGGACAUGAUCCUGCAGGCUCUCGGGAGGUCGUACCACCCGGGCUGCUUCCGCUGCGUUAUCUGUAAUGAGAGCCUCGACGGCGUGCCCUUUACUGUUGACACAGAAAAUAAGAUCUACUGUGUUGAAGAUUACCACAGGGUCCUGGCUCCCAAAUGUGCCUCCUGUAAACAGCCCAUCCUUCCAUCUGAGGGCUCUAAUGAGACUGUCCGUGUCGUUUCCAUGGACAAAGACUAUCAUGUGGAAUGCUAUCAUUGUGAGGACUGUAGGAUGGAGCUGAAUGAUGAAGAGGGUCACCGCUGCUACCCUCUGAAUGGCCACCUUCUCUGCCACUCCUGCCACUUGAAGCACAUUGAGCCAGGCAGCUCCUCUUCCUUGGCCAGCAGCGCCUCCUAUUAAAGCGAGAACGGGUGGAGGGAGACACCUGGUGGACAUUCUGGGGGAAGAACUCUCACAGUGGAGCAUGAUCACAAUUCUUGUUGUCGAGGAUUUGUUGGAAGUUUCACUUAAUGGAUUGGUGAAACCUUGUGAAUCAACGCUAUUAUAAUGAAGGAAAUCAAUACGUACUCCAGCGCGUUAUUUGAAUACAGUAAAGUUUGGUGCUAUACCUGACGCAUUGCAAAAUGCCUUAAGCUUCACUUUGACACUUCUGCUUUGGCUUCACACUUCUACGCUAACAUUUAAUAAUACAUCCUGGUUUGAAUACCAAACAAGAAAUAUGCCUGUCUUCUCUUUUACUGUUCAAUUGAAAAUGUGCAGGCAACAUGGUAGCCUCGUAGUUUGCAUGUCUACCUCACAGGCUAAACAGGUUUAGGGUCAGGUCCUUCUCUGCACAACUGCAUGUUCUCUCCAAGCUUGUGUGGAUUUUUUCCCUAAGUACUCUGGCUUUCUUGUACAUUCUCGUACAAAAUAGGCUAAUUGAAGACUAAUCUGCCCAUUUGUGUGAAUGUGUUUUUUUUUCUAUUUAAUUUGAUUUUUUUUUUUGUGUUCUCUCAUAAUUGGCUGGCAAGAUGUACCCCACCUAGUACCAGCUAAAAAAUUACUUAUCUGUCUGAGUGCCGUCAUCAUGACCAAAACUAAAGCACUGUAGCAAAGUAGACAUACUGUAAGUGUUUGUCAAAAACAAGACAUGCCUUAUUCCUAAACCGUCUACAGUACUUGAACAUUAUUCGCGGUUUAAACAUUACUACUGCUCUUAAAUAUAGGAAAAUAGAAGAACUAUUUACAUGAUCCAUCCAUCCAAUUUUUAAUCCGCUUAUCCUCACAAGGGUCGCCGGCGUGCUGGAUCCUAUCCCAUCUGUCUUCGGGCAGUAGGCAGGGAACAACUGGUUGCCAGUCAAUCGCAGGGUGCAAAUAGACGAACAACCAUCCGUGCUCACACUCACACCCAGGGACAAUUUCGAGUGUUCCAUUAACCAGCCAUGCAUAUUUUUGGAAUGUGGGAGAAAACCAGAUUAUACUUACUUUAUGAUUCAAUGAAAAUUUAUUGCACAUAAAAUUGAAAUUGAAGAAUACCUGAAUGUUCCAAGUUCAA